AUGCACGGCAGCGGGGCCGGGCGGAACGCCGUGGCGCGGAACGCUCGGCGCAGCUCCCGUUCCCGGCCGGCGGCGCUGAACGGACGACGCGGCUGCGAGCGCCGCGCUGAGGGCGGCAUGUGGGGUCGCUUCCGCGGCUCCGGCCGCCUCCUCCUCCUCGCCGGGGCAGCGCGGCGCUGCGGGCGGCCUCACAGACUCUUCAGCACUAGUAGUGUGCUCUCUACUACAAAAGAUGAAUCUACUGCUUCCACAGACACCACCAUCAAAGCGGCAUCAAAGGAGGGUGCAGCAGAAACACCAAAGCAAAAAUUGCUAAAAAUUAUUGGUGAUAUGAAAGUAGAAGUGACCACCAAGAGGAAAUUUCAAGAAUUAAAAGAACAGGAGAUGAAAAAGCAAGCCACUAACAAGCAGGAAGGCCUGGACAGUGAAAGUGGCACAUUUCAGAAUACUGCAGAAGACGUUCAGCGAAGCAAACCUUUAAAUCCAGAACUGGUGCAGGCUGCAUCUGCCGUUGCAUCUUCUUUCCCACGCAGCAAGGAACAGGCAGAAUCAGAAUUACUUGCACAACUUAGAAGACAUGAAGAGACCACAGAUAAACAGAGAAGGGGAGGAACUAUUAACAUACGCAAUGUUAUUUCGGAAAUGGCGGUUAAGAGGCAAUCCCCAGCUCAGAGGGGUGUGAGGAUAUCCAGUCGCAUCUCCUUGGAGAUGGAUGAAGAUGGUCAAAGAAUCAAGCCUGGAAGAUCUCUCUCCUUUGACUCCGGAAGAAGUCUUAAAGCAGGAAAAAGGCUUAAUAUAUUCACCAAGGCUUCUGCAGAAACGGAAAAAGCGCUGAAAACAGUAUCUUCACCAACAAUUUGGGAUGUGGAAUUUGCGAAGGAGAUUGCAGCAGUAACUGAGCAGCCUCCCCGGAAUGGUUUUGAAGAGAUGAUCCAGUGGACAAAAGAAGGAAUACUGUGGGAGUUUCCAAUUGACAAUGAAGCAGGGAUGGAUGAUGAUGCUGAAUUUCAUGAACAUAUCUUUCUGGAGAAACACCUCAAAGACUUUCCCAAGCAAGGACCUAUUCGCCACUUCAUGGAACUGGUCAUCUGUGGGCUUUCAAAAAACCCAUACCUCAGUGUUAAGCAGAAGAUUGAACAUAUUGAGUGGUUUCGGAAUUAUUUUGAGGAAAAGAAGGAAUUUCUUCAAGAGAUUUGAGACUUGGGAAAGUGCUUAACCUUGAAGUGAAGAAAAUGUGCAGUAAUCAUGUGAUCUGAAAGUUGCAUUUUUAAUAAUAAAGGCCGUACUUCUGUGUGUGUA